CACCUCCUUAGAUUUUCCCCCUUCUUUCCUCAACAUCAACCUUUUCUCUCUCUUUUUCUCCGGCAGCAAAUGGCGACGGCGGGCGACGGAAAUCCACCUUAUCAAUCAACGGGAGCCGGCGGCAAGGUCCGCAAGAAUCAAUCUCGACGAAACUUCAAAACGACACCGUAUGAUCGUCCAAUUAUUAAUAAUAAAAAAAUCCAAAACCCUAGCUUGAUAACAAAAAUUGUGAAUCCAGCUUCUAGACUUAUAUAUGCUGGUGCUAAUAAGCUUUUUGGCGCUUUCCGUAACCGCCUUCUUCCUUCAGAGAUAAAUGAAGAACCCAAGAAUGUUCUUCAGGCGUCAGAGAAAAGUGAGAAUUCUGCAAGCAUUGCUGCUGCCACUGGGAUAUCAGAACUUGAACAAAUGCUGCAACAAAAAACCUUUACUAGAACCGAAAUCCAACGGUUGACAGCAUUAUUGCAUUCAAGGACCACUGAGUUACCUUCUGAUGAUGUCGUUGAAAGAGAUGGAGCAAAGCCUCAUAGUUCACCGUCUCGUAUUCUGAGGCUUGAGGCAUCAACAAGCGGCUCACAAAAGAGGCAUGUUGACGAGAGAGAUAACUUUUAUGCUGGUAUUUCAACACCAGCUGUUACUUCAAAAUUAUACUGUCUUCAGGCUCUUGAAGACGAAAUGGCUUCACCUGCUGAGCUGGCAAAAGCUUACAUGGGUUCCAGGCCGAUAGCAUCAUCAGCAAUGAAACAAGAUAUGAAGUUCCUUACGGAUGCAAGUGGCCUUCCAAAAACACCAAUUUCAUCAUUUGCUUCAAAGACUACUAUGAAUGGUUUUAAGGGUCUUGAAAAUGGUUUUGUGACACCAAGAUCUCGAGGGAGAUCAGCAAUGUACAGCAUGGCACGCGCACCAUAUGCCAGAUCUUCAACUUUUACCCUAAAGGGUAUUGGGUCAAAUUACAGUCAUGGUGCAACAUUGACUUCUCAGUCUACGUUUGGACAGGAAGGCAAAAUGGCUAUAAAGCGUAGGAGUUCAGUUCUAGAUGAUGAUAUAGGAUCAGGUGGCCCGCUGCGUAGAACUCGACAGAAAGCUAAUCUUUUGUCACGAGAUAAAAGAGAACUUGGAUACACCCCUUUUCAACAAUCAGAUACCACAGGUCAAAAGCUGCUAUUAAUGAGUGGGUCUGAACCAGAAGACUUGCAGAGAGCUAAGCUAAAUGGGGACACGUCCAUGCAUGGCUCCGGAUAUGCUUUGGUUCCUACGAAGUCCACACAAACAGCCACAAAAAUAUUGCAGCACCUUGAAAAACCAAGCCCAAAAGAAAAUAAAUCAGGAUCAGCUGAAUCACCCACUAAAUUGACAUUAGAUAUGCUCCAUGGUAAGGCUCUAAGAAGCCUGGAGAAAGUUGAGAUACCAAAAUCACUUAAUUAUCCUCAUGAUAGUGAGAAAUCAGAAGCUCCACACCAGGCUAAAAUACAUACUAGUCGAGAACCAGCCUCGAAAGGCAAAGAUAAAAUUGAAGAAAAUGGAUAUAGACAUGAUAGGCGAGAGUCCAGUUUCAAAGGGAAAGAGAAAAUUGAAGAAAAUGGAACAAGCAAGUUCCCUAGUCCUCGUAGCAUAUAUAAUUCCACCAAUGGUGAAGUGCCAGUCCCUUUAAAAGAUAAUGCACCAAAUGUUACAAAUUCUCAUUCACCCUUGAAGGUUCCAUCCGAGUCUCCUCAGAAAAAGCGUGCCUUUCAGAUGAGUGCACCUGACGAUUCGUUCGAGAUAGAUGAUGAUGAUGAAGUUCAUGUUAAUGGACCUGUCUCCUUUCCAUUGGUUGAAAGUGAAAAACCUGAGACCUCUUUGGUAGCAAACAAGCUUGAUGUUGCUGACAGCAUCGAGUCUCCAAAACUUACUGAAGCUCCCAAAACUCCUGCAUUGCUUGUGAAUAAUGAAUCAGUGUCCGCUGAGGUUCCUAAAUUUCCAGAACAGGCUGAGUUGAAAGAGGUGGAAAAUGCUACAUCUUUAAAAACCAACUUUGGGGUAUUCAUUGAACCAGGAAGAGGAAUGAAGCUCCCUCCCUCACCUCCAUCAACUACAAGCACCCAAACAAGUGCGCUUUUACAAACAAACUUGCAAACAGAGAAGGUUGCUUCAGAAAAGAGUUCUAGUCCUAGUCCUUUUUUGUUUGGCACAACUGUAGAGAAGGUAUCACCAUCCCAGUUAUCUGUUAAAGAGCCUACUGUGUUUAAACUCGAUGCUACUUCAGAUCUAAAGGCACCUGAGUCGAACAGUGCUAUAUCUUCAGUUCCAAAGAACGAUCAUGUGAAAUUUUCAGCAUCCAACAAGGAAGACAAUGGGAACGGGAAUGAUCAGAAUAUAGCAAAUUCGUUAGGAACAUCAGAGUUAAAAUCAUCCGCUGUUCCUCUAGCUACAUCAACAAAUAAUAUUUUCUCAUUUGGCAAACCCACCAACACCACAUCUACUCCAAACACAACAUCUGCUUCAAAUGCUCCUGCUUUUCCUUCAAUUAAUGGUACUUUCUCGUUUGGCAACCCCGCCAACAACGCAUCUAACGCUGCCUCUGCUUCAAGUGCUCCUGCUUUGGCUUCUGUUCCCGUUCAAACCGCGGGUACAAAUACAAAUUCAUUUUUUAAUAAUAUUUCUCCCAAUGUUGUUUCCGCUAGUACCAGCACUCCAAUAUCCACCACCACUGCUACUGCUGCCACCACUAAUUUUUUCUCGACAUCUGCGUCAUUGCCAGUUUUCAGUUUUGGGUCUACUGCUACUCCAACUUCAAUGGCAGAAACUGGGAAUAAUAACAAUGCUACAAAUGAUAAGGAACUGAGAUCCAAUACAAGCAGCUUGCCUUCAACCACUACAUCUUUUGCCACCACCACGACCACUGGAAGUGGCUAUUUUGGCUUCAGCUCUCCUGCUGUUGCUUCUACCACCACUGCUCCGUCACAGGGGUCUUUUUUUAGUGUCACAAAUGGAUCUCAGGCAAACACAAGUGCAUCUACUGCAGUUACAAAGUCUGGCCCUUUCCAUUUUGGCUCUCCCGCUUCUUUUGCUGCCUCAACUCCCGCUUUUGGUGCUUCUGCUACUCCCGCGUUUGGUGCGUCCGCUACUCCUGCUUUUGGAACAUCUGCUUCUGCUUUUGGUGCUUCCGCUACUCCUGCUUUUGGUGCGUCCACUCCUGCAUUUGGUGCGUCCGCUCCUGCCUUUGGAUCAUCCGCUCCUGCCUUUGGAUCAUCCGCUCCUGCCUUUGGUUCAUCAGCUAGUUUUGGUUUAAUGGCUGCCUCUUCAGAGGGAAAAUCUAGUAAUACCACUAGUGUUUCGACUACUAGCAUUUUUGGUUCUACUUGGCAGGCCCCACCGUCUUCUGGAUCUGGCUCUACGUUAGGUUCUUCUCCAUCAUCUACGGUGUUCUCAUUUGGGGCAUCGUCGACACCGAUGCCUUCUACUACUACUUCACCUAUUGUAUUUGGCGCAUCCAAUACGGCAGCUUCAUUCAUGACAACUGGUGCUACAAACUCAUCUUUUUCGGGUCCAUCUGUUUUUGGAAACUCGGCUCCUGUUUUUGGAGCUGCCACCCUAUCACCAAAUAAUAAUGAUCAGAUGAGUAUGGAAGAUAGCAUGGCUGAGGAUUCUAUGCAUACUCCUAGUUCUAUUUCUCCGUUUGGUCAAGCUCCUGUGAGUGCACCAGGGUUCAUGUUUGGUUCUAGCACCCCAACUCCAACACCAACAGCGAAUACUUUCCAGUUUGCUGGCCAGCCGAAUCAAACACCUCAGAUUCCUUUCCAGUCGUCUAGUGUGGAGUUCAAUGCUGGAGGCGGAAGUUUUUCAUUAGGGUCUGCAGGUGAUAAAUCUCAACGGAGGAUGGUAAGAGUUAAAACCAAGAACAGAAGAAAGGGUCAAUAAACAUUUGGGAAGUGGUUCUUCCAAACUAUAGUUUGUUUCAGAGCUCAUCGAUAUGGCAUCUAAGCCAGGUAUCGAUGUUUUGAGUCGCACAUUUUUUGUCUUGUGUUGUUAUGGUCAAGUGUUGUUGUAGUUAGAAUGUUAUUAGAUCACAAUUUUGGAGCUAAGGGUUGUAGUGUGUGAAAUGUUAGAGCCAUUUGUUACCGUACUGUACUAGGAAUAGAUACUUACCAUUUCAGGUCAUACAACAUUGCUGUGGAUCUGUGUGUACUCUUUAUGUAUAAAAUGCAUAACCAAAGGGUAUAAACGUGUCACAA